CGGCCACCGACUGCUUCACCCAACGGACGCUCAACCGCCAGCACGAUUGUGCACAACUCGUCCACGAGAUCCCGUGCGCUCGCCCCGCCGCUAUACCCGAUGGUUGGCGGCGUGUCCGAUCUCGCGUCGGCGCUGGAGCGGAAGACCUCGCUCGAUUCGCUCUUCGGGAGUGACUCAAGCCGCUCGCGCAGAUCCUCACUCACCGGAUCAUGCUGCAGUCGCUCCCACAGGUCCUCGCUGAUCGGAUCGUGCUCGACACGGCGCAAGCGCUCCUCCUUGGUCCAGAUUGGCACAGGCCACGCCCAACUCACUGGGCCGAGACGGCGCUCGUGCUGCGACCUGGCCUCGCUCUCCAGGAGCCGCGCGAGCGAGGUGGACGGCUCGUUGCGCUCGCUGGUGGCAAGAGAGGUGGACGGCUCGGUGCUCUCGCGCGUGACGAGCCUGGGCGCUGGCCAGUUUGGGUGCGUCUCGCUCGUCACGGAUGGGCGCGGGACGCCGUACGCCUUGAAGGCGCUGUGGAAGGGGCAGCUCCUCGCGUCGGACGGCGUCGGGGCCGUCGUACGCGAGCGCGACCUCCUCGCCUCCGUGAGCCACCCCGCAGUCGUCCAGCUCGCCGCGUCCUUCCAAGACGCGCGGCGCGUGUUCCUGCUGCUCGAGCCGGCCCUCGGCGGCGAGCUCUUUGCGCUGAUCCACAUGCUCGGGCGCUUCGACGAGCACCACGCCCGCUUCUACGCCGCGAGCGUCGCCGACGUGCUCGGCCACCUGCACGACGAGUGCGGCAUCGUGUACCGCGACCUCAAGCCGGAGAACCUGCUUCUUGACGGCACGGGCCACAUCAAGCUUUGCGAUUUUGGCCUCGCCAAGCGGCUGCGCGCAGGCUGCGGCUGCGUGCGCGCAGCCGAGCGCACCACCACCAUCUGCGGCACGCCCGAGUACCUCGCUCCAGAGAUGGUGAGGGGCGAGGCGUACGGAGUUGCGGUCGACUGGUGGGCGCUCGGGCUGCUGCUGUUCGAGAUGCUCUCCGGGGUGCCGGCCUACCGCGCCGACAGCGACAAGGAGGUGUACGCAAAGGUGCUGCACUCCGACCCCGCGCUGCUCGUCGUUGUGGAGCCUCCGACGGCGGCGCUAUCGCCGAGAUGUAGCCGAGAUGUAGCCAAGCAACCUGCACGCAAUCUCCACCUCGCGGCUCGACAUAGCGAAGACGUAGCCGCGGUGUCCCGAGAUAUUGCCGAGAUGUUGCUCUGCGCCCGGACAGAAAGGAAAGCUGCCAGGCAAGAGACGGACGACGGACGCGAACAGGCGGCGCUCAUCGGCGCGCUGCUCCAGAAGCUGCCCGAGAAGCGUCUCGUGGGGCGUGAGGCCGUCGGCGCGGCGCCCUUUUUCGACGGCUUCGACUGGGAGGCGCUGCGCGGUCGGCGGAUGCGGCCGCCGUACGUCCCUCGCUUGGCGCAUGCCACCGACACGUCCAACGUCAUCCAAGUCGACAAAUACGCGCGCUGCUCGUCGGAGGCGGACGGGGCCCUGUGGGACCGCCACCUCUCGACGGCGCUGCUCAAGGCGCGGGAGGACCCCUUCCGCGCCUUCCCCUGCGACGUCUGGAGCAUCGACAACAACGUCUGACGAGCCUUCAGUCGGCACUGGCAGCCUCCGCGCCGCCCCUGUGUUUAAUGGCAUAGCGCUCCUCACCGAGUGCCCCGCGCAGGCACCGACACCGAUGCAGGUUGCCGGGGCGCACUCUCUUUAGUUUAUAGCAUAGAGUGCAGAGUUACGCGGAUACACACCGCUGAGAAGGCUGUUGCUCUUGGUGUGUCGAAUGCUUGUGUUGUGCGCAACCGUGGCCAGGUUUCCACGCCACGGACACUUCUUUUCCACUCUGCACCGUGGGGCUCCUGCCCGUGUCCGGGCGUGGAGAUGCGAGGGUCGCCCCCCCUUGCCCCACCACAAGUGUGUGUGGAGACGUUUACCCCUCGUACCUCACCUUACCUUACUCUGCACCGGAUGACAUAGAAGAACAACGCGCGAGGCACAGC